UAGUUUAUUCACGUGUCGAACAAUAUCUUUCAGUUUAUCGUUGUAUUUUCUUCCUUUUUUCACUGUUUUUCAUUCCUAAAGAUUUAAAGAAGGAAGCAACUGUAAGUUAACUGUUUGAAUUUCAUGGCAUCGCCUGGAAAUACGGUGAAAAGUGAGCCACAAUCGGCUUCAAACAGUAGCAUUAAUGAGAAAAGUAAAGCUUUGACUUCACAUCAACCUAUGAAUACUACAUCAACUGUCCCUGCAUCAGCUGCUUCAGUUAAGAAACCCAACUAUCAACUCAAAUACACAUUGUCAGGACAUAACAAAGCUAUAUCAUCUGUCAAGUUCAGUCCUAAUGGAGAAUGGCUUGCCAGCUCUUCUGCUGACAAGCUUAUCAAGAUUUGGGGAGCAUACGAUGGAAAGUUUGAGAAAACCAUUUCUGGACACAAACUGGGUAUUUCAGAUGUUGCUUGGUCUUCUGAUUCAAGACUCCUGGUCUCUGCAUCUGAUGAUAAAACAUUAAAGAUCUGGGAUUUUUCUACUGGCAAAUGUCUCAAGACUUUGAAAGGUCACAGUAAUUACGUUUUCUGCUGUAAUUUUAAUCCUCAGUCCAACCUUAUCGUUAGUGGUUCAUUUGAUGAGAGUGUCCGUAUCUGGGACGUAAAGACUGGCAAGUGUCUCAAGACAUUACCUGCCCAUUCAGAUCCUGUUACAGCAGUUCACUUCAACAGAGACGGUGCAUUGAUUGUAUCCAGUAGCUACGAUGGGCUGUGUCGAAUCUGGGAUACUACUUCUGGACAGUGUUUGAAAACUCUUAUUGAUGAUGACAAUCCGCCUGUGUCAUUUGUCAAGUUUUCACCAAAUGGCAAAUAUAUUUUGGCCGCUACUUUAGACAAUACAUUAAAACUUUGGGAUUAUAGCAAAGGAAAGUGCUUGAAGACCUAUACUGGACACAAGAAUGAAAAGUAUUGUAUAUUUGGAAAUUUCUCAGUGACUGGAGGAAAGUGGAUUGUUUCUGGCUCAGAAGACAACAUGGUUUACAUAUGGAACCUCCAGUCAAAAGAAGUUGCACAGAAGUUAGAGGGUCAUAUAGAUGUUGUCCUUUGCUGUGCUUGCCACCCAACAGAAAAUAUAAUCGCUUCUGGUGCCUUAGAGAAUGAUAAAACAAUCAAGAUCUGGAAGUCAGACACAUAACCAUAACGACACAGAGAAUAGCUUUGUAACCUUUUCCAUUACCUUCCACAUACCCAAUGUACAAAGAUGAAUAUAAGCCUACAGACAUAACCACAUGCAAGAGUGGAUACAGCCAAGAAUACUCACAUGUAGUAUUUUGUACAGUAAAAGAUUAAGCCUCAGUUUUCAACUAGUUUUAUUUAAACAAAGUUAAGAAGUCCAGAUGAUAUUCUAUACAUUCUAUCUAUUGUAUCAAUUGGCUAUUUUAAUUGUGCUGUUGUUAGGCAGUGCAUUUAUAUAUCAGAGUUUAUACUUUUCGUCAAGCUAAAGUCAGCUAUUGUCAUCACAACACUAUACUCUAAGCUCACUUAUUAAAUACUGAUGUGUACUAUAAAUAAUGUGUGAGACUAAAAGGGCAAAAGGUAUGACCACCAUGUUGGUUGAUGAACAAGAUGUAGUGAAUCAAUUAAGACGGUAGCUAAUAAUAUUGUUUGUAGGCCACUUUAAUCUUUAUGGCAAAUUAUGUGUACUUCAAAUUAUGAAUAAAUUAAUGCAAUCUUUUUAAACUCAAA